UCUACAGUGGAAGCUGUAGGUCUUUCGGUUGCUAUGUCUAACUAACUUGUCUAUGUUGUAACGUUAACGAGCCGUGGAUCCGGGUCCAGUUGUGCUCGUGAUUUAACGUUAGUUUGCUAUCAAGCUUUAAGGUGCUUGAUUUAACAGAUUUAAAUUAAACUCAAAUGGGAUUUUAUUUUUGAUAAUUAAAAGUUUGCCUCCGAAGAGCGAGGGUCGCUAAAUCAGCCCCGCCUGAGACCAACCCCACCUGAGACCCACCCGCAACCUACCCCCACUCGGGCUGGGGCUGCUGCUCAGACCGUUGAAGAACUGCAUGUUGAGUGGGCUAAUUCUCACAUUUUACUACGUUAAAUUAAGGUUUUAUUUCUACCAGACCUUAGUUAUUGCUGGUGUGUAUUAGAACAACCAAGGAAGAAGGCAAAAAACUGUUUUGGAUUAAUUAAAGGUAACUUAGCUGAACUUUGGUGAAAAGAGAGAAACUCAGAAGGUGUAGGUUGUAUGAAUCUGUUUAAUAUGGAAAAUAUAUUAAUGUUAAGCACCUUAGAAGGCUACUGCUUAUAAUAGUGAUCUUCUGGAACUCCGUGCAUCUGUGUAAUAUUUAGAACUUCAUAAUCAGAAGUUAGUACUUCCAGUUAAACAUGCAUUCAUUUUCACAAGCUAAUUCUCUCUGCUUUGUACAGCAGGAUGCAGCACUGUUACAUUAAUGUAAGACUGAGGACAAACAAGUGAUCCAUUUAUGAAUAGACCGUGAUCUGUGCAGAAGUAAUUUUAAAGGGGUAAAGACCACAUCAUUUUGGGCAGAGAUAAUUCUUUUCUACAAGAAAAAUGUAUCAUUCAAAGGUUUUGAAUCUUUAUUGUUUUGACUCACCCGACACAUCACAUCAUAGCAGCAAAGGAGGCUGUGCUCAUCAAGCUAAUGUACACAUUUUACUCCAAAUGUCCCUGCGGUCAAUAAUACAUGUGUACAUUAGUUCCUUGCCAUUUUAGGGAGAGGUGUUUUUACACGGGAUUACAUUACACCAUCCACUUUUGUGAUGGAGUACUGUGGAACUCUAUCACAAUGUGCAGGUCUAGAUGGUGCAAAUAAUCACUUUGUGUUUGAUUUCAUCUGGAAUGGAAGACGCCAUUGGUAAGUUUGCUGCUUGUUGAUUUACUGCAAUAGAUUAAUUUUAUAGAGUUAUUAGUUAAAGCACUAAUCAGUAUUCAGAACAAAUAAGUGCAUGUUAUUUGUAUAUCUGUAUUUAUUAAAACAACAUAAUUAGUAUUAUCAACUCUUUCAGACCUGGUAUUCUAACAAAUUGUCUGGUAGAUGAUUUGGUGUCAUCGGGGAAAAUAUUUACUGCUUUUGCAGAAUGUGAACUUAGUUUAAAAAAAUUAGGGUACCCUUUUUCUCAACUCAUUUCGUAGAUCUGCUAAUCCAGAUGUACAACGGCAGGGAAAAUCCCAAUCUUGAUUAAAAAAAAGUUCCUGUCUGGUGAGGCCGUAGUACAGAGCCGUCAGCCUGUGUAUUACGGCUCAGCCAUCCGGUUCUCUUCGAUUUCCUGUCAAAGAGUCCGCUAAAUGACAUGUAAUAACAUUACUACGGGAAGUUUCAUUCUUGAACUUCUGAAUGAUCCUCCCUCCUAGCGGUCAUUCAAUUUGUGCUGACAGUUAAACAAGUCUUACAAAAUGCUCUGUGCUUUACUAUAUCAUAAUAAGAGAUGUGCAAUGGAAUGUAAACAAAAUGUUCCUGUCUUAUGUAAACAUGUUUGGACUACACUUUUUUCCGUCGUGACUUUUUAAAUUAUUUAAUCCCACAAAAUUUUGAUCUGGGCUAUUUGUCUUUCAGCAUAGACUCUUCGAAAGAGGAUGGAACACUUGGACGGCUGGCAAAUGAUGAUCACAUAAUCCCCAACUGCAGAGUAAAAGAAAUGGCAAAGGAAGGCCACACUUGUGCCUGUUUGCUUGUGCUGUGAAAGAGAUAUUUCCAGGCGAGGAGAUAACACAACUAUGGGGAUUGUUGUUGGCUAUGGCGCUCAAUGGCACCCUGCAAAGAACGGUCCAAUCCUGAGCCCAUCCUUGGCAGAAAAAAAAAUGGAAAAGACAAGUCACCUGGAAACCAGAGGAGAAUCUCCUGAUGCGUAUCCACUUCCACAUCAGCGCGGAGAGCAGAGAGGACAUCUGCACAGCCAAACACUGCAUUCCACACCAGAAGUUUGCCAUGACUCUGUUCGAACAGUGUGUGUGUAACAGCUGUGGGGCCACGUCGGACCCCCUGCCCUUCAUUCAGAUGGUUUAUUACAUCUCCACUACGUCCCUCUGUAACCAGGCAGUGAGGAUGCUGGAGUGCAGAGAGAAACCCACACCGGACAUGUUCGGAGAACUGCUCCGCAACGCCAGCAACAUGGGAGACCUGCGCAACUGCCCUAGUAACUGUGGGGAGAUCCUGCGCAUCCGUCGGGUGCUGAUGAACUCACCGGAGAUCGUGUCUAUCGGGCUGGUGUGGGACUCGGACCACUCGGACCUGGCGGAGGACGUCAUACACAGCCUGGGGACCUGCCUGCGUCUGGGAGAUUUGUUCUACCGUGUGACAGAGGAGAGGGCUCGCCAGGCAGAGCUCUACUUGGUGGGCAUGGUGUGCUACUACGGCAAGCACUACUCCACCUUCUUCUACCAGACCAAGAUACGCAAGUGGAUGUACUUCGACGACGCCCACGUCAAAGAGAUCGGUCCCAAGUGGAAGGACGUGGUGUCCCGCUGUAUCAAAGGCCACUAUCAGCCCCUGCUGCUGCUCUACGCUGACCCCCGUGGGACGCCGGUGAUACUGCAGGAGAGCCCCAACCCACAACUGGAGCUCCAGCACUGCAGCAGCAAGGCUGGUUACGACAGCGAAGACUCUGGUCGGGAGCCGUCCAUAUCCAGCGAUACCCGCACCGACUCCUCGACGGAGAGCUCAAGUCACCGAGCCUGUCGCAGCCGAUCCCUCCAUCAGUCGACGGGCAGCCACCUCUCCAGCGAAUCCCAGACCACUGUGGUGUGCAACCACGACAUCGGCGCGCCGCCGCACGGAGCCGAAGCCGGAGAGUCUGCAGUGGAGGGUCCUCCCCACCCUCCCUCUCCUCCUCUGCAGGAGUACAAGGAGACGGCUGUCUUCCUCCUCUCUUCCCGCCGGCCACUCACCUCCUCCUCCUCGUCAUCUCGCCCACUGUCCUCCUCGUCUUCGUCAGGAGUUGGGGGCUGUGAGGGCGGGGCUGGGGGGCCUCAGUGGGAGGAUGAAAGCACCAGCAGUGAGAGCAAGUCCAGUUCCUCUGGAGGCCGCUACAGGCCAACCUGGAGGCCCAGAAGAGAGGCCCUGAACAUUGACAAUAUCUUCACCCAACCGAGAGGCUCCUCUCUGGGCUUCAACACCCUACCGGGUCCCUCCCUUCUUCCGGAGACCCGGGAUAUCUUUCCCUCUGCGGGACCUCCUCCACCGUCAGAGCCGGGGCUGCAAGAGUCGGAAGGGAGGGAGUCUGGGGUGUUGGAGGCGGGUUUUGGGCUGGUCGGACAGCCCAGGUACCUGAGCAGCGGGCGGACAAUGGGUCCCCCGGCCCCUCCACCUCUGAGAGGGGUGGAGCACCAGCCACGUCUGAUUCAGAGGAUGGAAAGUGGCUACGAGAGCAGUGAGAGGAACAGCAGCAGCCCCGACAGGGAGGUGGGCCAACAGAAACGGGUGUUGAUGUCAGGACCUUCAUGGCGCUCGGUGCCCAAGUCAAAGAGCAGCGGUGCCAUCCUGCAGGAGCUGCCCUCACCCAGCUGGGGCAGCGGCUCCAGCAGCGGCGGACCAGGGCGCAGUGAGCUGGACGAGCUGCAGGAAGAGGUGGUGAGGAGAGCCCGCCAGCAAGAGCAGCAGAAGCGGAGGGAGGCAGAGCGGGAGGCUGCCAUGGGAUUCAACCCCAAACCCAGCAAAUUCAUGGACCUGGACCAGCUCCAACACCAGGCUGUGCUCAGACCCCUGCAUGAGGCUAACGCUCAUAGCGGAUUGGUUGUAGCUGCGUGCAUGAGGAGCACUGGGGGCCCAAUCAAACGCAGGCAGGAACAGGAAAUGGAACGGGAGACAGGAAGCACCCACCCACAGGGGCCUCGCAGUGAACAGCCUGGCCCGGGCCAAGUACUGCUGACGCCCAAUCAGGAGGAGGAAGAGGACCAAGCAACAGCCAACCAGGACGCUGCUCUGGGCCCGGACCCUCCACCCUAUCGACCUGCUCCCCCUCGAUUCCCGCUCACCCUCAGCAUCCCUCACCCUUGCGCCCCUUCCAGCCAAGGGGAGGAGGAAGAGGGUGGGCUCGUGGGGAGGAGCGGGGAGCAAGGCCAGGAUGGCAGUGAGGGGAUGGGAGUGAGGCUGUGCGAGUUGCUGCAGGCAGGGGGGGUGAGGGUCAGACCCCUGGGGAAGCACUUAGCCAUCUCUCUGCCCUCGCUUCCUCUGCGUCUAUGGGACACACACACAACACACAGGGCGCACUCCGCACACCUUGAACCCCCGCGCGCACAUCCUCCCCCUCCGCCCUCUCCUCCUCCCCCCUCUUCCCUGGUGCCAGCCUCUGGGCAGAGGAGACCGCUCACGCCUCUCUGGCAGCCCCCCCAGGCCCAUUCCACCGGCAGCGCCGCUCUGCAUUGGCCAAGGCACCAGGCCGCAGUCGACGGCGGAACGCGUCAUUGGUCCUCCUGGAGUUUGGACCGCCCAGACGCCGUGGUGACGCCGUAUGACACGCCCCCGGACCGCUGUGUCUCCAUCAGGCCGCACACUUCCAGUCAGCACUGCAGCCAUGGUUGCCAGUCCUCUCCAGGGCGCUGCAGCUCCCAGCAUGCCCCGGGGGAAGAGGGCGAUCCCUGCAGUGACUGCGAAGAAGCCAAGCUGUCUGAGCUUGACUCCCUUUACCAGGCCAGUCUGCUGGCUGGAAAGACAGGCUGCAGCCCAUCAGAGAGGCUCAUAUCGAGGGUGAUGGGCCAGGGUCGCUCCAGGACCCCAAACGCAGACAUGGAAAGGAGCGUGUACGGGGCGGACUGCACCCCCACCUACCUCAACAGGCCGGCGAUCGUGCGGGAUGCGCGCCACGGGGGGGAGCCCGACGACGCGGAAAACCCGAGGCGGAUUGGACGCAGUCUGAGUGGCACGGUGGUGACCUCGCGCCGCAGCCGCCUGUCUGUGACGCCUAGCUUUGAGCUGUCGGGCGGCGCCGGGAGCUUCUGGCUGUGUCUGACGGGCGUCAAGUUGUCCUCUGACCAGGGUCACCUGCUCCACUGACGUCUCCUCCUGGACGGGCCUCGCCUUCACGGGACCCGGGAAUCGGCUCGGAAGGAUUCGAGCUCGACUCCUAUCCCGUCCCUCCUCCCGUGAACGACAUGCACACGCAAAACACAUGCACACAUGCAACUCUGCACCGAGGUGGAGCCUCCCUCGGCGCCUGCAGCACCCCGCUUAGCCUCUCAUUGCCUCCCUCCCUCUUUGACCUACUACUCUAUGCAGUCACUCUGACCCCCCCUCCCCCCCACCCAACUACAGCCUCAACCUUCCCCCCUCACUUCCAGGGACUGUUAUUUCUUGCCCCCCCCAUCCCCUCCAGCCCACUGGGUGUCCAGAGGCUUUCCCUUUUCUCAUAAGUGGCGUCGUCGGCUUGGCCGCUUACCGGGUCCAACGGGGACCUGAGCCCCCGGGGGAGUUGCCCCACGUUAACCUUAGCCCUUACCAAGUAGCCACGCCUCUUUCUCUUUGUUCAUGGGCAUCUCUUGUUGGAUGCACACUGAGCAGAACGGGGUCUAUUUCAGAUGGACGGGCAUAUAUUUUCUUUGUUUUUUUUCUUCUGUAUCCGCGCACAGUAAAUCUGCCCAUCCCCGAACUCACUACUAACCAAAAGUCAUGUACAGAAACCUUUAUGUUAAUUAAUAAGACUUUAUGGAAUGUUGAUAAUGAUGAUUAACAAAUAUUGAUAAACUUAAAUAUCUGCAUUUCAAAUAGGAGUGGAGUGCACUUCACAAGUGUCUAGCUGGGGUCCCCAGCCCCCAUCUGCAAACCUAUUGACAGCUCUCCCGUUUCUACUGGGAGAAUAAACAGAAAAGCGCUUCCUUUUCCUCUCUCUCUCGUUAAUUCACGCUUUCUUUCUUCCAAAAAUGAAACGGUAACAGGGCAACAAGGGAGGAAAAGUCAUAAAAGAAUGAGAGUACGUAGUUUUUAAAAUCCUUCUUAGGCUUCAUCAAUGAAUGAAAGAGAUGACUCAAGUGCGCUUUACAAGGUUACUCAGCAGAAGUGCCCUUUCCGAAGGCUAUUUGACUGAGAAGCAGCUGGAGAGAAGUCUAUGCCGUUUGUUUUACUUAAAGGCCUCAGGUGAACUUCAGUGGCACUUAUAUGUUCACACUAUUAUUUUUACCUUCCACUGGAACUGGUUUUGAGACCUCGUGAAUAGAAAAUACUCCUGUUCAGCCUGUGACGCUGACAUGUCUAACAUGGAUAUACUUUAUAUAAUAUAUGUAUUAGAGGUAUAUUUUCAGCCAGUGAGCUAUCUUCUUCAGAGAUGUCAACCAUUCCUCAGUUGUAUGAGUUAUUAAACAGUUAUAACGUAAUUCACUCCCUUUACUGAGGAAACAUUCUAACAUGUGUACAUUUAUUAUAUACAUUAUUGUAUUAAAUAUAUGAAAUAACAGUCAAAAACUGGCCUGUAAAGUCCCUCAUGAAUUGUACUGAUGUUGACUGAUCGAUGUAACUAAACCAAAGGUUGGCACUUAAUUCAGAGAGCGUAUUGUAACAUGUUCGUUUUCUUUAAUUUAAAUUGUUGGUUUUUUGUCUCUUUAUUUAUUUCUGGAUGUGGGAGAAUGUAGCCAAUUGUAGCGCAUGAGUCCGCUAUGCAAAUCACCCUUCCCUCACGAUCCUGUAUCCGAGACAGUCAGGAGGCAGACCCCCCCCCCCCCCACGGGCGCUCUCAUGGACUCUGGCACGCGAGUGCAGGUGGAGGAGAUCUCAUGUUUAAUGCUGCUGGUGAACUUUGUUGUUCUGCAUUUAUUUACUAUGUUUCACCUGACGAAGUGCAAAAGCGAGAGGGAGGGAGCAAAAAAACAAGGGAGAAAGAGAGCGAAUGAAUGUAAACUACAGGAUGAAAGUGUGUUUGUGAAUGAUGCGGUGGCCAGAGAGGUGUGGAGAGUGAAGUGGAAACUACUGCAGACGGUACACUGCAUGUGUGUGAGAACUUGGGUGGUGUUGCUCCGGGAAAGAGGGAACCUGUAUUUUUGCAAUAAAGUUAUUACCAACGCACUCCCACAGGGGGUGGGGGGCGUAACCACCGUA